UCUCUCUCUCUCUCUCUCUCUCUUCAGUCAUUGCUCUAUCCCUCUCUCUCUCCUCACUCUUUCUCUUCAGUCAUUGCUCUAUCCCCUCCUCUCUCUCUCUCUCUCUUUUUAUCCACUCACUCGCUCCCUCUCUACACCUCUCUCUCCCUCUCUCUCUCUCUACACCUCUCUCUCCCUCCCUCUCUCUCUUUCUCUCUCACCCUCUCUCUCUUUCCGUGCGUGCGAUCUGUUGUCAGUUUGGCCGUGACUUCAACCGGGGCUGCCGGGGCGGCAGGAUGUCUUCAGUCGCGCUCUCUGCCACCUUCACAUUAACAGGAGCUUGAAGAGGCAUGCUGCAACAGGGUGGCAACUGACUGUACGAGUGAGCGAGAGAGAGAGAGAGAAAGAGUGUGUGUGUGUGUGUGUGUGUGUGUGUGUGUGUGUAUGCAUGUACGUGUGUGUGUGUGUGUGGAGGGAACACAGAAUAAGAAGGGGAUCUUACACUCCUGUCUCUGCGCUUCAAAGAGGUGAAGCGUGGGGACAGCCAUGAGGACCACACACAGAAGACACCGAGCCAUGUGUGUGUGAGAGAAAGACCACUCAUCUGCCGCUCCAUGUGGACACUGAGAUGACCAUGUACCCACGCUGGUCCUUCAACACACUGACCGUCAUAUUCCUCCUGCUGUCCACUGCAGCUCUGUCAGCGCACUUCCGAGUGUGCGAGCCUUACUCCGACCACAAGGGGCGCUACCAUUUUGGGUUCCACUGUCCCCGGCUGUCUGACAACAAGACCUACAUGUUCUGCUGUCACCAUAACAACACAGCUUUCAAGUACUGUUGCAACGAGACAGAGUUCCAGAGCGUCAUGCAGCACAACCUCACCACCAGCGGAGACGGCUUUGCACACAAUAACUACACAGCUCUGAUCGGCGUGUGGGUGUACGGCUUCUUUGUGAUGGUGCUGUUGGCACUGGACUUCCUCUACUACUCGGCCAUGAACUACGAGGUGUGCCGCGUCUACCUGGAGAGGUGGGGCCUCGGGGGCCGCUGGCUCAAGAAGGCCCGCAGCCAAUGGCAUCACCAUGCCAUCACCAUGGAGACGGCCACCGCCACCGCCGACGAGGCCCUGGGAGGGAUGGGGCCCCGGGCCAGCCUGGUCCUGGCGCCCCAACACCACCAUCCCCAGCACAGCCACCGGGGGGAGCCGCAGAGCCCUACCCUCAUGACCUUCCAGACCUCCACCGCCUGAGACAUGGCCUCGCCCAGAUGCUGCUGUGUGUGUGAGGGCGGUAGGGGACUACGGAGAGGAUCCUGAGUGAAUGACUGACUGAGGCGGGACAGGGACAUUUCCUGUCCUCCCCUAUCCCAUCAGCCCCUUCCACACGGACUCGACUCUUCACAUGUAAAAACAGCCGCCCCUCUGGGGUCCAAGGGGGGGUGUCUGUAUUUUUUGGAGGGGGGGGAGGAGGGACGGUUGUUCUCUACCUCUCCCUUGCCCCGCUCCUGACCUGACUCAGACAAGACACUUGAGAAUGGGACAGCGGCGUCGGUUGACGUGAUGGGCAACGCACCCAGCGGUAGCAGCCGUCUGCUAGAAGAAAAAAACGGGGGUGUUUAAAAUGGACACUUAGAAUAAAAAUACACCCAAGAGAGGGCACAUAUGCCCCUGGAGCACAUUCUCUAACCCCCCUGCGUUGUGUACUGGAGCCUCCGUGUAUGUGUGUGUGUGUGUGUGUGUGUGUGUGUGUGUGUGUGUUUGUGUUUGUGUGGAGCAGGUAAACAGACUGAGGUAACCCACCCGUGGCAGAUCGAGAGAGGCUCCAGCUUAUUAAUAUCUCUUUGGUAUGUUCUUCUCAUUUGCACUGCGCUGAACGCCAGGUUUUGGCUCUUUAAAGUCUUAGCAGUAGGAUUAUUUAUAACUGUUAUAAGGGUUGUAAUGGGUCUUUUCCAUGUGAACUACAACAAGGCCACAUUCUUUGGAUGGGUCACUGAUAUUGGCUGGUUAAGAUUAGAAACGGUGAGGUUUUUCUUUUUCUUUUUUUUUUCCGCCCUUAUCAAAGAUUAAAAGCAGAUCCUUGGUGAGCAUAUAAUACAAGUAUAAACCUCAGAGGAGACGGUUAGUGGUGAGGAAUCUUUUCCACAUCAGGCAUUUUAUGCAAAGCAAAAUGGUUCCUUUCAGCAGCCAAGAACCUUUGAUUUGAUGUUUCCUUAGAACGCUGACAUUUUAUCACCCGGCUUUAAAGAACCCAGACCUGGACUAAACCAAUACUGCACACUUGCAACAUUGCAAUAUUAAAUUGAACUACUGAGACGACGUGGCAAGAUCACGACCUAUAGCCAAACAGAAUUACCUGAUAAAGCAAUAUAAUUAUCAUGUAGUAACUUAUGACGAGGUCAUGCAGUUGCAGUAGAACGAUAUCUAUUUCUGCCAUAUUUAACAGUCUGUUUAGGAGAACUAGCACAGGGAUUGUGAAAUGAAUGUGUUUUUUGCCAUGUCAGGCUAACUUGAUUUUAGAGGGGACGCUGUUCUCGUUUUCUAGAAGGUAUUAGUUAGAGAACGCAGAGUCCUUUUAGUGCACCUUUGUUAUAUGGGGAAGAAAACCGUAGAGAGUGUAGAAACAAGUCAGUUGUUGUACCUCUGUUUUUGAAGUCCCUCUUCUUCUCAACCGCAGAAUUGAAUUUGUUGUGGGUCUAGCAGGUAAAACAACGAGGUAGCCAGUUUCGUAGGCUAUUAGCAAAGCCAAUAAUGCGCAAUAACGCACAUACUUGUGUUGUGUUUCUCUCUAUGAUCAGUCAGCUCAUCUGUGCUGCUGAUGGCUUGUGAGAUGGAAUUUCAAUUAACCCCCCCCCACCACCAUCAUAGAACAGGAUGAAACAGUAGCAACGUUUACAUGGACAGUUUUUUUUUGUCUUUUGACAUCAAUUAAACUCUCCCAUUUUGAUCGGUUCAGGCAUUUUUAUUCAGAUUGAGGUGUUUAUAUGAGAAUUUCUAUUCCGAUUGAGCCGUUAUUCUGUUUCUAAUCGGAUUAAAAGUGUCCAUGUAAACAUGGCUUGUUUGUUGAUGUUUUAUUUACCCAAGUACAUAUUGCUGUGAUGAGUGAGUCUUAAAGGAACACACCACUGUUUUAUGAAUUUGGGCUAUUCACCAUCUCCCCUAGAGUCCAAUAAGUAAGCAAAAACAGUUUUGUCUCUGUGCAUGCAUUGUGUUAGUCUUGCAGCGCUCCCGCUAGCUUAGCUUAGCAUAGUGAAUGGAAUCUCUCAUUGCCGGAUAGCAUGUCAUGAGUAAAAGUGAGCCAACAACAUCAUCAACAACAACAACAACAACAACAACAACAACAACAACAACAACAAAAUCCCUAAUUAUGGCCUCUGUAUUCACAAUGAGCCCAAAUGGCAAUGCAGAUUAAGAUGAGGCGAUUUCCUUGGCGAAUACUGACUUGGGACUCACUUUUACUCAAGACAAGCUAAGCUAAGCUAGUGGGGGCACUGCCAGACAAUGAAAGUGCAGAGACAAACAUUUUGCUCACUUAUCUUAACUCUAAGGGAGACUGUGAAUAACCCAAUUUCACAAAACAGUGGUGUGUUCCUUUAACAGCUUUAAGAACCCUCAUAGACAUUUGCCAUUGAAGAUAAGAUACGGCUUUACUUUAUUCUACACCGGGGAAAUUUAGUUUUAUUUGGAAGACAGAUCCAGCCAUUCAAAUGAUAAAAAGCAGAAUAUAUAGAACCCAAUGUAAAAUCUGCUGAGAAAUUAAAGUUAAAUCUUAAUUUCCUGCUUCUUUUUAUUUUAAUUGGAUGGCAUAAUCAAUCAGUAAUGAUAAAUAAUUAAACAGACAGAUUGGUUAAAUGAGGAAGUAUUCUCACUGGGCCUUCAGUAUCACAGGUCAGGGACUUUGCAUUAGUUAAGUGCUUUUGUUGACUAGUUUGAAGUGCUAGGUAGUACAAAAUCUGGACACCCUUUAUGCUAACUGUCCUUACUACAGUGUACUUAUAAAAGUAAUAAAAAGCCUUCCGUCUUUUAUUACGUGGUAUUAACCCUCUAUACCUACCUUACACGUAUGGAUGUACCAACAUAAAAAAGUGCAUUGUAUUUUAGGACACUUACUAUAGAUUGUGGCCCAAAACAUUUCCUCUUAUGCUUGAAAGGAAAGCACCAACACACACACACACACGCACACACACACACACACACACACACACACACACACACACACACACACACACACAAUAUCACUCUGUUCUUGAAGUUAUGGGUUAGUGGUGGUAACAGUUGCCUUACAGUGAAUCAACAGUAUUCUUGUGCUUUAUUUAGUAGUGCAAGGAGCUUCAACACAGGAGUGAGGAGAGAGGGGGAGGGGGGUGGUACGCUGGGUGGGUGCGGGCGUGGGGUGUCCAACUUGAUCACUCAAUCCCUUAUUUUGUUUUUGUUUGUGUGUGUGUGUAUUCUUAUGGCUGUGUAGAAUGUUCCGUCCAGGUGGAGAUGUCAUUGCACUCGUUUGUUUUUCUCUCUCUCUCUCCCUCUCUUUCUACUGUAACACACAGGGAUAAAUAAAGAUCUAUCUUUUGCAGUGUG